AUGGUUUAUGAGACUAAAAUAUGGUUGAUUCUGUCUCUUCUCUUCGGGGCAAGCUACAUGCAACAUUUUGUCUAUGGAAAACCCCAAGUACCUUGUAUUUUUAUCUUUGGUGAUUCUUUGUCUGAUAGUGGAAACAAUAACAAUCUUCUUACAGCUUCAAAAGUUAAUUUCAAGCCAUAUGGCAUCGACUUUCCAAAAGGCACAACUGGAAGAUUUACUAAUGGACUAACAGCAAUUGACAUCAUUGGUGAAAUAUUGGGAUUUGAGGAUUUCAUCCCACCCUUUGCAAACAUUGGUGGGUCAGAUAUAUUGAAAGGUGUUAAUUAUGCAUCUGGCUCUGCUGGAAUUCGCUAUGAGACUGGCAAACAUUUGGGAGUUAAUGUGGAAUUGGGAUUACAGUUACAACAUCACAAAAUCAUAGUUGACCAAAUUGGUACCAAGCUUGGAGGUGAUCAAAAAGCUUCACAAUAUCUUAAUAAGUGCUUGUAUUAUGUCAAUAUAGGCAGCAACGAUUUUAUAAGUAAUUAUUUCCUUCCUCAAUUCUACCCAACAAGACGCAUCUAUAAGCCUGAAGAAUAUGCUGAAGAUCUUGUUAACAAAUUAUCUCAAUCUCUAAAGAUUUUGCGUGAUGUUGGGGCAAGAAAAUUUGUCGUAUUUGGGGUAGGUCCUAUUGGUUGCACUCCAAAUGCCAUUGCUAAUCAUGGAUCAUGUAUUGAAGAGCAGAAUGAUGCUGCAUUCAUUUUUGGUACCAAACUUAAAUCUCUAGUUGAUCAACUCAACUCUCAAUUCACUGAUUCCAAAUUCCUCUUUAGAAACAUUUCAUCAGACCCAUUUGACACUUCACAUGGUUUUAAAGUAGUGGAUGCUGCUUGUUGUGAAUUGACAUUGAAUGCGACGUGCACUCGUGAUAAAACUCCAUGCCAUAAUAGAAAUGAGUACAAGUUUUGGGAUGGAUUUCAUCCUACAUCAGCUACCAAUAAGCUCGUCGCAUUCAAUUCGUACUUUUCUUCUAAUCCAAACAUUGUUUACCCAAUCAAUAUUCAACACCUCCUUCACUCAUCAUAAA